AUGGAAUCGGCGGUAGCUUGCGGACAAGCCGGAGUCGUUGAGUUUUUAUUAAAGCGCUUCAACGUACGAGGCCCGAUGGAUGAUAGUUUCAUUAACGCAGCAACCAACCGAUUUGUGGAUGUGGUGAGACUGCUGCCCUCCCAAAGCUGCGCUGUCGACGAGGCCCUGGGCCUAGUUGCUGCAAACGGACAUCUCGCAGUGCUGGAAUAUCUUCUGUUCGAAAGACGCGAGUCAUACAGCAGCGACGGUGACGACUCUCACUCGGCGAUAUUGCGCAUACUUACGACACCGCUGGCUGUUCAGUCUCAAUACGGAUCAACCAAAGUGAGCACGGCUGCAGCUAUGCGUGCGAUGUGCGCUGCCGCUCGGAAUGAUCACUCGGAUGUGAUGGAGCUUCUGGUCCGGAACGGUAGUCAAGAGCAGCUUGGGUUCGCGCUGGCCGCCUCUGCCGCUGCAGAUUCGACGAAGCUUGUCGAGAUGCUGGUGGAGAAGUAUGAGCCAGCUGGUGGCGUGUGCUCUCAUCGCGAAAUCCACUCCGACCGUCGAGGCAAAUGCUACAGCGCUCCCUGCAGCGUUGAACGGACUCUGCUUGACGCUGUUGAGGCAAACAACAUCGGCAUGGUCAAGCUACUCGCUAAGAAAGCUCACGUGCGCGUCGUGAACGAGGCCAAGAGCAUAGCCAUGGCAAAUGGAUUUACCGACGUCGCGGAAGUUCUAGCUGCCGCGGCGCCAUGA